CGUGGAACGGUGGACUCUGCCUGCUGGUCCGCACUCGUGGCAUCUGGCCACACCACAUCGAUGCGAUACUGAAUCCUUUUCCAGCCAGCAUAGUGAUGACUAUUGCCGAAUUCAUGUGCUACAGCAUGUUCAAUAUGUUGUGCGUGCUGCUCACAUAUGUAUUACUCGUAUAACAUACAGUUAUUCUUCAAGCUGACUCGCGAGCCAAAUUGUGACGCUGAUCUGGUCUUUUCACACGACGCAGAGGGGGACUCGCAGGCUCUGCGCUCACGACACGGCGAUAACAGACCAACCACUCUUGCAUGGAAGGUAGUGUACGGGAUCAUGGCCCAUGUUUGCGAGACCUUCGCAGCCAUUCUGAACAACAGUGAAUUUACUCGCUUCCCGCGGGCGCGUGAGAGCAACGUUUGCAUCCGAUGCAUUCUCCACGGCAUUGUGCGGUACCUUGAUCACCGCUGCUACCAAGAAGAGAUACGGAACGGUAUUGAGAACCACCUCACCCAUUCCUGGCUGCGCGGAAGACGAAAGGUCCCGGCGCCCUUGCCUCGACCUUCUUCUGCGCCGUGGUGUGGAUCAUAACUUAGCUGGGAAUCAAUGUACCUGGAAAUGUGCCUGCGGUGGCCUUGACGUUACCGCGCGUAGGCCCAAGUACAUCAACCUGCGAUGUGCAGGCUACAUAAUCCUCUUGUGUCGAUCGUCGUCAACCCCCGG